CCGACCACUAUCCAUUUUACAGCUGCGCAAACUAGCUCCCCCCCACCAUCCUCUGCCCAGCGGUAUUUGCCUUUUUCCACCAUUAAAACCACUCACUACACAACCCAAGAUGCUCAUCAACCUUUCUAAAAAACUCAUAGGCUCGAAAGUGGUUCAUCGUACCAGUAAAUUGAACCUUUAAUCCCAUCUUUUCCUUCGUCAUGAUUCCCAAAGGGAGACUACCCAUUUUCCGUAAGGUCUCAAAUUUCAUGAAAUUCUCCAUUCUAAUGGCGAAAAUGUCAAAACCCAUUGUCCCAGAUCUCUGUUUCCUCAAGAAAUCGAGGAGAGCCAAGAAGUUCAACCUGCUGAAACACUACAACUAUAGGUUUCUUCAGGAGUACCAGUUCUCUCCUUCCAACGGUACUCCUCUGUUUCAGCACCGCAGGAAGGCUCUGAUCAAGAAGAGAAAUGGUAAAGAUAGCCAUUCCCUCUUCUUCGGUCUCAGCAGGUGCUUGGGGGGGUCGAGGGCUGAGUGGGGAGAUGGAGAUUGCACCCUGGAGCUGGACACAGCAGUACUGCCCGCCAUUGAAGAUGGGGCUGUAAAUUUUGCAGGAGAGUACUCGCCGGUGCCGCUGGAUUCCGGCUUUGAAGAAGAAGACUCAAAUGUUGAUCAGAGAGCGGAGAGGUUUAUUGAGAGAUUCUAUGAAGAGAUGAGGAAACAGUCGAGGGAAUCAGUUUUGCAGCUCAUGACAGUGGAGUGAUUGAUGGAGAAGGUUUCUGUUCUAGAGGGAUGCAUGUAUUGAGUAUUUAUCCUGUAUGUGUCGUAUUUUGUUUGGUAUCUGUUCUGCUUCUCCGCAGGAUUUUUGGAGAUUGUGGAGAUGUGUUUUGCUUUUCUCGUAAGAAAAGAAAAUUCUUAUUGAGUCUUUUUUACAACAUACUGUAAUGAAUGGCCUUAUAAUUUUCUUUAAA